UGGGAGGGCUGGCGGGCAGUGGUGGGCAAAAAAAUGAGGCCCCUCUACGAGGACUACGUCGAUCUGAAGAAUGAAGCUGCCAAGCUUAAUGCAGACAGACAGCGGGUUUAUCUUUCUCUCUCCUGACUGACUGAAAGGUUAUGCUGAUUAUGGCGCCUACUGGAGAUCAAACUACGAGACAAUGGAUGAAGGGAUCUACCAUUACACUCGUGAUGACCUUAUGAAGGAUGCUCGUGUGAUAUAUCAAGAGAUAAUGCCCUUGUACAAGGAGCUCCAUGCAUAUGUGAGGGCGAAGCUCCAGGAAGCCUACCCAGGGCACAUUCAUCCUGAGGGGGGACUGCCCGCUCAUCUUCUGGGCGAUAUGUGGGGCAGAUUUUGGACAAAUUUGUAUCCACUAUCUGUACCUUAUCCACACAAGCCAGAUAUUGAUGUCUCUGACGCUAUGGUGAACCAGGGGUGGACAAUCAGACGGAUGUUUGACGAGGCUGAGAAGUUCUUUGUGUCUGUGAACUUGUUUGAACUCUUUCCCAAUUUCUGGACGAACUCCAUGAUCGAAAAACCUGAAGAUGGUAGACAGGUUGUGUGCCACCCAACAGCCUGGGACAUGGGCAACAGACUGGACUACAGGAUCAAAAUGUGCACCAAAAUCAACAUGGAUGACUUCCUUACGGUCCACCACGAGCUAGGUCACAUCCAGUACAACAUGGCCUACCGCGAUCUGCCCUAUGUACUGAGAGAUGGAGCCAACGAGGGCUUCCACGAGGCCGUGGGCGAGAUCAUGUCUCUCUCGGCAGCCACACCCAAACACCUGAAGGCCCUUGGGCUGCUCCCAGCUGACUUUACGGAUGACACUGAGACGGAGAUUAACUUCCUGAUGAAGCAGGCCCUGACUAUCGUGGCUACUAUGCCCUUCACCUACAUGCUAGAGGAGUGGAGGUGGCAGGUGUUCCAGGGCACCAUCCCUAAGAACGAGUGGAUGAAGCGUUGGUGGGAGAUGAAGAGAGAGCUUGUGGGCGUGGUGGAGCCACUGCCUAGGGAUGAGACGUACUGUGACCCGCCGGCACUGUACCACGUUUCCAGCGAUUUCUCUUUCAUAAGGUACUUCACAAGAACCGUCUACCAGUUCCAGUUGCAGGCAGCACUGUGUGAAGCAGCUGGACACAUUGGUCCUCUGUUUAAGUGUGACAUCACUAACUCCACAGCAGCAGGCAACAAGUUGAAGGCCAUGUUAGAACUGGGGAAAUCACAGUCGUGGACCCGAGCUUUGGAGCAGGUGGCUGGGGUGACAAGGAUGGAUUCCAAACCCCUGAUGGAUUACUUCAGCGUCCUCUAUGAUUGGCUGAAGGUGGAGAAUCAGAAACACAACAGGAACCCGGGGUGGAAGAGCUCCCAGGACCCAUUUUCGGUUGAUGCGUUUAAAGUGCGAUUGAGCCUGAAAGCUGCGCUAGGAGACCAGGCUUAUCCCUGGAAUGGCAAUGAAUUGUACCUGUUUAAGACUUCUAUGGCUUAUGCCAUGCGACAGUACUAUACAAUGGAGAAAGGACAACAAGUGGACUUCAUGUCAGAGAAUAUCUACACUUACACAGAAACCCCCAGGAUCUCGUUCUAUUUUGUGGUGACUGAUCCAGCCAACCCUGUCAAAACUAUUCCAAAGGCAGAAGUGGAGGCAGCCAUUCGCUUAUCCAGAGGGCGUCUCAACAGUGUAUUCCUCCUUGAUGAUAACACCUUAGAGUUUGAGGGUCUCAUGGCAAAAUUAGCCCCGCCCGCAGAGCCUACAGUGGAGGUGUGGCUGAUCGUGUUUGGUGUGGUCAUUGGCUUUGUGGUGUUGGUGGGAGCCUUCUUGAUUGUCUCAGGAUUCCGAAACAGGAGGAAAUCACAGAAAGAGGAAGAAGAAUCCAGCGACCAUGGAAGCCAGCUUGAAGGAGUGACAAAUAAAACCUUUGAAGACGAUGAUCUCCAGACAGGAUUUUAAACACAACAGCUCAUGAAUCUACUAUUUUUUUAACAGCAACGCAAUAUCACAUUUUAAUGAAAAUGAUAUAGAUCUAGAAUAUGUUUAUAUGUAAAGAGAUUGUUUGUAUAUUUUAAUAUUAAAAUUUAAAUAAUGCUGUAUACUA